UUCUAUUGAUUCAGAGGAGCGAGAGGCUGUUAUUAGUCGCAGUCCGGCUGGGGGGAAGUGGUCUCUGAAACUUUUGUCUUCGCCAUUGUGUUGAACGCAAUCAGACGUUCAGAGAUGGCCAACGUUCAGAUCAGGCGGUACAGAGACGAGGAUGCAGAGAGCGUGCAGGAGAUCUUCAUCUCGGGGAUGAGCGAGCACCUGCACGCAGCCUUCCUGCACCUCCUGAAGCAGCCGCUCACCCAUCUGGUGUUCCUGUGCACGUUCUGCGCUCUCCUGACCAGCUUCGUGUCCUUCCUGAUCCCCGUCCUGGCGGUCGCCCUCCUCCUGUUGGGAGCCAGGUACAUGGUCAGGUGCCUGUUCGACAGGUACAUCGACACCUGCGUCAGGAAGGAUCUCYAAAACAUCAGCAAGACCUACCUGAUGCAAACCGACUCAUGUUUCUGGGUGGCUGAGAGCGACGGACGGGUGGUUGGGACGGUGGCUUGUGUUCCCGCUGAAAACGAACCCGGGUGCCUGCYGCUGAAACGCAUGUCGGUGUGCCAAAGUCACCGCAGACUGGGCAUCGCUAAGGAGUUGUGUCGGACGGUGGCAGCUUUUACUCGUGACAGGGGUUACGCUGCUGUCAUCCUUCACACCUCUAUGGUGCAGAUGGAGGCUCAGAAACUGUACGAGAAGAUGGGCUACAGGAGGAUCAACGAGUCCCCUGCACCUGAGUUAGCCGGGAAAUUAUUCAACUUCAUCCUGAUUGUCUACAGACUUGAUUUAGAGAAAAAUUAGACAUCAUCCUAACAAGCAGUUUCACUUUCCUUUAAAGGGAUCCAUGAUUAGUUGUAACAUUAGACUUUAUAUGAUAAACAUAUAUUUUAAUUGUAAAAUAAA